CUCGUGCUUCUUGUUGAUGACGGGAUCGAGGUUUUCGAUGGUCAGAACACAACCUAUUACCCAUUGCCAUCUGAGCUUAAAGGCGGAAAACCUGUAGGGAAAUUUGUUUUCGGCGAUUUCAAUAUGUCAAGCCAAAUCCAACUGUUAAUUGCGGGUUGCGAGGAUAUGAACUGCGGAAAGUCCCACAUCUUCAUACAUCCCCUUACUUCGAGUGGUGUCUGGGAAAAGGUUGAUGUGGAGUGGAACCCUCCAGACUUGGAAGGCGAUUGUUCUUUAGUUCCUACCACAGUCGAUAGAUUUUCAUCUGCAGCCAUCCUUGGCAUGUCCCUAGGCGAUGCCGAUCUUGACGGUUAUCCAGAUCUUGCGGUGGGCCUUAGAUGCGUCCGCAGCCUCAAUUCCGAUCAGAUCAUUCUCCCAGCCAUUCUGCGCAAUCUCGCAGGUGCUGGGGAGAGGGUCCGGUUCCAGGCUUAUCUUUUGCCCGGCGUUGAAUCUAAGGGAAUAUUGAAGCAAAUAGCCUUUUAUGACUACAAUGAGGAUGGUAUUUUGGAUUUAUAUAUUUCCUACGAAGACAAGGAUGGGGUCAGUACUUCUCUUUACAUGCAGAAGCUUACAAAGGAAGCCUAUUUUUUGAAAGUUAUGCUGACAACUGGUCUUUGUGGCAGCUCAAGUCAGUGUCCUAAUGGCGUUCUGCCCUAUGGACUGCCGGGUUAUGGCUUUCGCGCCUCCUACGAAACGCAAGGAGUUGAUGGUGGACGCAUACGCUCUAGUGGUGUAUUUGUUACCUCCUCCUGUUGUGGCGCUCUGCAACUGCCUUUCACGACCUUUGGUUUCGGUGACUUUGCUACAUACAUUGAAAAUGUCCCUGUUUCCGUUCCUGCUCCGGCACAGCAAAUUCGGAAGCACGAACUCACAUUCAUUGUCCCGAAUGCCCAAGUGGUUGUCGUCCCAUAUCCUCCUAAUAACCCCUUGAAUUGGCAAGCCAAGCUAUUCUUACAACCUCUCUACGAUAUGAAGGUCAUAUAUGUAGCAAUCACAUUACUGGUCACCUGCAUCGUUCUUCUUAUUGUCGUUGUUGUACUUCAAUAUCUCGAAGUUCGUGAGGAUCAAAAGGAAAGGAUGCAGGAGUCUCAACGGUUCCACUUCGACGCAAUGUAA